CUUCCAUCACAAGGCUUAUCGCGGCUUGACGUGUACGUUCAUAUUGAAAGCGGGUAUCAGCAUAAAUGGUCAGCUCAAGGAUAUCAAGGAGAGGUUUGGAAAAACGGCAGUAUUCCUAUUGUUCGAAUCAAAGAAAAAUUCAAGAUAUCAUUCAACAUUUCGUCUAAUGUAAACAGAACUACAUGUGGGAUUCGAGACUUCAGACUGUCAUCGUCAGAAUGUGAUGUUUUUCCAAAGCAUGCGGAGCCUGGAUAUCGAUGUGCAGAUUCACAAUAUCAAUGUAACAAUGGAAUAUGUAUUGACAAAUAUAAAAGAUGUGARGGGMUCAAAGACGAMUGUAUCGAUGGUUCAGAUGAGGAUCGCUGUCCUUGUUUAACUAAUCAAUUUGCGUGCUUUGAUGGAUCGUGCAUGGACGUCUCUAAACUUUGCAAUAGAAAAUUAAACUGCGAAAGUGAGGAUGAAAUGCGGUGUGAUGACGGUAAUUCACUCUUCGUAAGGUUAUUUCAAACAUCGCAGGUAACAAUUAGACCACUUGGUCAAGUUAACUACGAGUUGAUAGUUCAUGCGGUGAGGCCGUAUCAACUCCUAGCUCAAGAGAUCGAGUGGUCUAAUUGCUUUAGCUUCCACUAAACUAUAGGGAAAAUUUGACGAAAGGAUCGUAAAGAACAUGUCAUGAAUAGACUAAAUAUAUUUUAGUAUAUAGGUCUGUCAUGAAUAGACUAUAUAUAUUUCAGAAGGCAAUCAGAAAUAGAGGAUAUUACAUGGGCGCGCGGAGAUACGGAUUUCAUCUUCUAGUGUUGAAAAGAUCUCUCACGAGUGAGCGUAGCACUUGGUAGCAUGAGAAGAUAAAAUUCGUACAUUGUAUCUCUGAACGGCCAUAAUAUUCUGUUUAUCAUAUAAUCACAUAUGAAAGCAAUUUAUAUCGUAAAAUACCUUUUUUCUUACUUCCACUAUAUGGAGAAACGUCGAAUGUGUUAUUUCACUAGUCAAAAUAUCAACUUUACGAAAUGGAGAAAUAUACCCGGUAUUUCAUAGAUAAUUAUAUGAUAAAGCCGGCAUAUUUGAUAGCCCCGGCAUUGUAUGGUGGAUACUUACAUAUUAAAUCAUUUCAAAGUUUGAUAGAUUCAAAAUGGAAAUCCAUUAUAUUGACAUAUAUUUUUCACUAUUUCU